CCCCCUCUCUCUCUCUCUCUCACCAUAAAGGCUUCUUCUUCUUCUACUUGUCUCUGUUGAUAUUUCCCAGCCCUAGCCUCUCUGUUUUGUUUUCAAGGUCUUCAACUUUCACUAGACCCACAUGAAAGUUUCUACUGUAUGGUGAGAAACUCCUGAAUUAGAAAACCAACAUGAUCACUAUUUACAAUCUUACCUUUCUUCUCCUCCUUGUUUUCAUCUCUCCACAAGUCUCAUCCUCUCUUCAACCAGUCCGGCCUCCGAGUUCUCCUCAAGUGGCUUUGGUCGAAGAUAAAGCAAGACUAGGUUCUAGACCACCAACCUGCCACAACAGAUGCAAUGGCUGCCAUCCUUGCAUGCCCACUCAAAUUCCCACUCUCCCGGGUCGCUCCCGAGUUAACCCGUUUUCCGGCAGUUUUGUAAGGCCUCCUUCCUCCGUAACCACCGUUCUUGGUCAGUAUUCUAACUACAAGCCCAUGGACUGGAAAUGCCACUGCAAUGGCCAUUUUUAUAACCCUUAAAAUUUCAUCAUCCUCUAGUUUGAUCAUUUUUAGUUGCUUAAAAUUGAUUUUGAAUUAUUGAAGUAGAAUUGUACUUUGGAUUCUUUGUAUAUCUAAGAUUCAGUUUGUAAAUAAUCAAAAGUUCUCGAUAA